GCGCAAGAAAGGAAGGAGAGACGAGAACAGACGCAAUCCCACCCAAAACAUUAACAACGAACGAAACACGAACGAGAUAUCCCAGUCGUUUACUUCUGUCUCUGUGGUACUCCCUUCAUUCAUAACGUUUAAACAACGGUGUUAACUUGUUCCGCGGACACAUUAAAUAAAAGAUAAAAGUGCGAGCUUUCAAAAUAACGUGUUAAAAGAACGAAUUUAAAACGGCUUUUUAAACGAAAUCACCCUUACGGCUAUAAAAACGUUUCAGGUGAUCGAAAACUUGAAUAAAACGUGAGGGGGUUGUAAUGAAAACGCUGUUACGUUUGGAGUAGAGAAAAGGAUCGAAUAAUUUUGGUUAAAAUCAUGGAAGAUCCUGAUCAAACUCAAACGGAAUCUUCAACAACGGCAAAUUUAGAUUCUUCGAAGCAAGAUGAAACCGAUCAAGAUACGACAAUUCACGGUUUUAACAUGUCCAACGUAACUGUAAUUGAAAAAAGUAAUUUAUCAGAUACAGAAUUGAAAAAAAAUUUAGGAUCACAUGAAGCGAUUGUUGAAUUAAAUACGAAAGUUGUUGAAAUAACCAUUGAUGUGGAUGCAAGUGAAAAAUCGAAAACAAAUUCUUGUGAAGGUAGUGAUAGCGGUGUUGAGGUAUUGGAAUCAGUUGAAAACGUUUUAUUACAAAGAACUCACAGUGCGAAUAGUGAAAAUGUUCAAGAGUUUCGUACGAUUACCCCUGCUCAAUCUUACGAAUCAUCAAUUGUUAGUUACGGAUCUAAUUAUGACGAGGCUUAUAAUAUUUUAGCGAGAAGAAAUUCAACGUUAUUUGAAGAUUAUAAAUUAAGAAAUGGAGAUGGAACGAGUGAAGGAGGAAGUGAAAGUUCUUCAGUUGCAUCUAUGAGAGAUUUAAAACGAACGUCAAACGUUGGGGUGAAGAAAAAAAGUGGGGUUGUUAACGAGAAAUUAAAAAAGGAAAAUAAUUGUAAUUUAGGCGGAGGCGGUCGAGGUAGAAUUAGAUUAAUCAAUCAAAAAGGAUCGGUUAAUUCAACUCCCAUUAGGAAUAAAAGUUCAAUUUUAAACAUUGAAAAAUCAAGCGUUAAAACGCCCCAAAAUUAUAAAAAUCCAAAACAACAAAAUUUAUCAACAGCGAAAAAUAAACCGGAUACUUUAAAUUUAAACCAAAAAAAAGAUGUUGGAUCAAAAAAAUCUUUAUUGAAAUCGCUACCGAAUAAAACGGCUUCAACACCCUCCGAUGACGGUCGAUGGCCUUCUAAUAAACCUCCAUUAAGAAGCGUUGUUUUAGAAAAAUCCCGUUUACAAAGCGAUGCUAAAAACACCUUAGAAAAAUAUGCAACUUUACCAAGGCGAAGACGUGAAAAAUCCGCCGAUAAUAUCAAAGAUAUUCAAAAAAAAUCAUCCUCUAGCAGAGAUAGUAGCAUGACGAGAUCCUCUAUUUUAAUUAAUAACAAAAAAUUAAACCAAUUAAGUCAUCAAAUCUCGAAAGAAAUAACCACCCCAGCCAAAUCGUUGCCGCCUUACCCGCGUCGAAAAAAUACAAACGUUACGAAAACGAAAAUUUAUCACGAAACAAGUAUUCAAACCGCUUUAACCGCUACUGAUAUUGAAAAAAUCUUUUCCGGGCAAAGUAUUAAUUAUCCGAUUGAUCCGAGAAGUGUAGAAAAAUCGAAUGUUUACGUUCAAGUCGAUGAUGGAAAUGAUGAAUUGAAGAUGGUUACGAAUCGGUUAAAGGAAAUUGAGGAUAAAUAUAAUGAAUUAGUGAAAGUUCACGAGGAAAAAUGCGUGAAAUUAAAUGAAACAGAGAAUCGAUUGAAAGAAGAAGCUUUGGAGAAAGAUGGUUUGAAGGAUGAACUUAAAAGAAAUACAGAGAGGGUUUUAGCUAUUUUAGGUGGUGAUGACAACUUGGAAGAUGAAAACCAUUCUAACGAUAGUUUAUUAAUGUUAGAAAGCCGUUUUCAAAAUGUAAGUCAAGUAAUUAUAAAUCAAGAGACUGAAAUCUCAAAACUUAACGCUUACUGUCGAUCGCUUCAACGCGAUUUGGAUAAGAGUGAGGAAACCCAACGGGUUUUGGUUCAACAACAGCGUGAAUUCCACGAGGAAGGUUUAGAGUUAAAGAAUUUUAUGCAGGAAGAAAAAAAUGCUUUAUCCGAUGCUUUGAAAGAAGCCGAAGAUGAAUUGAGGAAAUAUAAAUCGUUGGCAGCCAGUAAAGAGGAAAGAUGUAAAUACCUUGCUAAAUUAGAAGAACAAACAAGACAUGAAAUGUAUAGUAUGCAAGCUCGACUCAGUGCGAUCGAAGCUAAAGGUAGGGAAUUGUUGGUUCAUCAAGGAAGCAAUGUUUCUGGAGCGGCUGUAGCUUUAACUGGGCUUAUUUCAAGAUUGGAUGGGCUUUUAGAGGAACUUGUAUUAUCAUACAACAUCUCUCAGCAAGAUUUGGAUGAUGUGGUUUUUCACAACGAAGUUUACAGUAAUAGUAGCAGUAGUCCGGAAGCUAGUCCAGGAAAAUUCCGUACAAUAUUGAAAGAUAAAACACCUUCGCCUAAAGGGGGCGGCUCUUCGUUUAUUUCCGCAGUUAUAAACGCGAUAAGAAACGCAACAUCUCAAACACCAUUUUCCGGUCCACCACGAGAUAUUAGUAGAGACACCAUUUGUACAGAUAAUUCGAAUUCAUCGGAACUUCUCGAUUCCGAAACUGAGCCGUGUUUAAUGAUGGAACCCGUCCUAGAAGACGUCGUCGUCCCCGAUAGUCAUUCUCACAACAUGAUUUCGUCAAAUCAUUCAAUUUUUAAUUGUUCAAGAUUAACUCGUAGCGAAAGUUUAACAAAUUUUUCAAUUUUAAAUCGACAGGUGUCAUCCGAACAACAACAAAGUAUGAGUUUAACUGAAAGUUUAAAUUGUUCGUUUACAAGUGAUGUGUCAAAUAAUGAAAAUUAUUCUUCUUCGGUUACUUUGGUCGAUCAAGUAAUUGAGGUUGAUAACUUAAUAACGAAAUUGUUAAAAAUUAUAAGAAUCGUUCAAAUGGAUAAUGAACAAGCGAUUAAUGAACUUCAAGACGAGCGCGACGCUUUCUUCCAACAAGUUAAUAAACAUAAAGAUACAAAUAAAGUCGUUGUUAAGCAAUUACAAGAUUGGGAAAUUUUGGGGGCUAGAUUAAAAACGGAGGUUAAAGAAUUAAUGCAACAAUUAACGAAGAAAAACGGCGAAAUUGAAGAGUUUAAAUGUGAAUUAAACAAUCAACAUAAAGAAGUUGAAAAGUUAAAUCAAGAUGUUUGCGAAUUAUCCACCGCUCUAUCAAAAUCAGAGCACGAAAGCAAACUUAAAGAAGAAGAAUCAAUUGAAGCUUUAAAUAAAUGGAAGAUUCAUGGUGAUAUGCCACCAAAUGAAAUUUUAGGAAGGAUAUUAAUAACUCAGAAUGAGAUUGAUGUUUUAAAACAAGAAAUAAACGAAAAAAAUAAUCAACUUAACGAAAUGGGCGAAGAAAUGAAAUCUAAUAAACAAUUAGUUUCCGAUCACUUUAAUAGUAUAUUAAACGAAAGCAAAAAGCAAUACGAAGUAAUUGAUAACACAUUAGGAAUUUUACAUGGAAUUCAAGCAAUAAUAAACCAACAUCCAGAAUUAAUUCAAAUUCAACAAGAUUUGGAAAAAGUUUGUAUGAUGUCAGCAUCUUCACUUCCGGUAUUAACUCCGCCUCCUGAUUACAAUGCUAAUGCGGGAAUUAUACAAGCGAUGGGUAAUUUGGGGGUUGUGCCAACAAUUAAUUCGACGGCGUAAAUUAAAAAGUAAAAAAUUGAUAAAAUAUUCCUUCUCAAAAACGAAAUUAUUUUUUUUUUAAUGAAAUCUAGUCAAAUUAAUUAAAACCCGGUGAUUUUUAAUCGUGAAAACAAUGACGAAUUUUUGCCAAUUAAAAAAAGGAAUGCGAAUUUAUUAAUUAUUAUUGUAUUUUCUUACGAUUAAAGAUGUAAACGUCCAAAUCAUUCGAAAAACAAGCCGAAAUCGUUAAUUAAUAAUGAAUUCUUACAAUUAGUGAUAAAUUUAUUUUUUAAUUACACUUAAAGUAAUAAGGAAACUAUGUUAUUCAGCGUUACUUGUAAAAUAUUCACUUUUUACAAAAAAAAACCAUUUUACUAAAAUGGUGCUUUA